AUGAGUUUUCACCGAAUGAUGCGGGCUUACCACAAUUGGAUGCUUAAGUAUCCAUCUGCGCUUACGUCCAUUGAACAGAUUGUGAAUAACGUGAAGGGGAAGAGGAUUGCAUUGUUUCUAGAUUAUGAUGGGACAUUGUCCCCGAUUGUCGACAAUCCGGAUCAUGCCUUCAUGUCUAAUGCUAUGCGUGUUGCUGUUAGAAAUGUAGCAAAAUGCUUUCCGACAGCAAUUAUUAGUGGCAGGAGCCGUGAAAGGGUACGCAAGUUUGUAGGACUGAAAGAACUAUAUUAUGCUGGUAGUCAUGGGAUGGACAUAAUGUGUCCGGUUCAGUCUCCAGCAGCUGAUCAUACCACUGAGGUACCGAAUUAUAUUUUUUUGCGUUUAAGUAGUUGUAAAGAUGUGCUCCCUAUAUAUGUAGGGGAUGACAAAACCGACGCAGAUGCAUUCAAGUUAGUUUGGCCUCAUGUUGGCAAUCAGGUGUUCAUGUGUAGUGAUUUCACUGGGUGGAUUAAGUAUCGACAAACGGUUCUUCAAGGGGGCCCAAUUCUCUUAUGUGAAAAGUGGUCUAAGACAUCAAGGAGAGACUUUCUUAUGCUUAAAGCAUAUAGCAAAAAUGGAAAGCAUUAA